UCAAAAGCUAUUUGCAACAAGUCAAACUCACUCUCUCUCUCUCUCUUUUUGUGAAUUGGUUUUCGUCUCAGACACGGACAAACUCUCUCUAUAAAUCGAACUGAGAGCUUCGUAGAGGGUAAAAGUGAGAGAGAGACAGAGCUAUGGCUGCCGAUUCGAAGGUGGAGACUAUUUCGAGAUUGGCUCAGUGGAGGAUCGACAACUUCGGACCUUCCACUUACAGAAAGUCCGAUCCUUUCAAGGUCGGAAUUUGGAAUUGGCACUUGUCGAUUGAGAAGAAUCGGUACCUCUACAUUCGUCUCUUUCCAGAGCCGUCUCGUGCCUCCAAAGAACAGCCUCCCAUCGCUAGAUUUGUUCUCCGUGUCUCCAAUACUGGCGCUAAUCGCAAACUCUACAUCUCUCCAGUUCAUGAGAGACUACUUCGGACUAGUGAUGACUUUGUCUGGCCAGUGGAUUCCACUUUUCUUGGUCGCUUCAUCAUCGAUGUUGAGUUUUUGGACCUGAAAUUGUGCUCAAUGAAUGGUGGGGAAGCCAGCUCAAUUUGGCCUAGUGAUGGAAGGAUGCAAUCUCUUUCAACCCAAAGCAGUCUUCAAUGCCUAUCUCGUAUGCUCAAUGAGGCUAUCCAUGCCGAUGUCACCAUCAACACUGCUGAGGGCACAUUAAGAGCUCACAAGGCUAUACUCGCUGCGAGUUCUCCUGUAUUCCAGAGCAUGUUUCUGCACAACCUAAAGGAGAAAAAAUCAUCGACAAUUGACAUAGACGACAUGACACAGGAAUCUUGCAUGGCUCUUCUUAGUUACUUGUAUGGAACCAUAAAACAAGAGGAUUUCUGGAAGCACCGGCUGGCAUUGCUGGGCGCGGCAAACAAGUAUGACGUUGAAAACCUGAAAGAUUCUUGCGAGGAAAGCCUCUUGGAAGACAUUAAUUCGGGAAAUGUCCUUGAGCGGUUGCAGGAAGCAUGGCUUUACCAGCUGGACAAGUUGAAAAAAGGAUGCUUAAUGUACUUGUUUGAUUUUGGAAAGAUUUAUGAUGUUAGAGAUGAAAUUAAUCACUUUUUCAAGCAGGCAGACAGGGAACUGGUGUCAGAGAUGUUUCGGGAGAUACUGACUGUUUGGAAACCAGCAUAAAUCAUCAUGGAACAAGUUUGCUCCAUUGGGUAUUUUUAAAUAAUCUGUCCUUUUUUGUAUGUGAUAUUUAAGGUUUUACAGUGUGUAAAUACUCUGGAUUCAACAAAUAUUCCAGGUGUUCAAAUAUAUUUUUUUUUGUAUUUUAUGAAUGUCUGUUUUGGGUU